GCUGAAUAAAGUCCGGAAACGGAAGAAGGCUGUCACGUGACACACGCUGCUACUUCUCCUUCGCAUGUGCUAUGCUAGCUAGCUUUGACGUUCCAUCAUCUUUUUUUACUUUUUUUAACAAACAUUGGCUCACAAGCGCCUUCUUUUAUCACUGAAGCGACAUCCAAUAGCGACUGGGGAACACUUUUAGACAAGGGUUAGAGUGUCAAGGAAGUCAUGAAGCGGACCUUUGACGUCUUCAUCUCGAAAUGGAGACAAUACAAGUUGGUGUCAGCUUCAGCCAAGACCUGGUCUUUGCGGAGUCAGCAGUUGUUACACGUUCAUGGCACAGGACAUAUUCAACCACAAAUGGUUGCAAGUUUAAAAAGUGCAGUGAGGUUCCACUCCCAAGGUUCCAGUUUGGGACUGGAGGGAAAGGAGCAUCUAUCCAAUCCAUUGGUGAAGGCCUCUGAGCAGCAGUCUCCCUCAAGCCAAACACUGAAGGAUUCCCUUUUCAUGGAGUACCUGAAACAGUGCAGAUCCCCAUCGGAUUUGCUUGACCUCCCCGACUAUAACACACCUGCAGAUGUCAGCAGCUCCUUAAUGUGUAUGUGGACCAUCAUAAAUAAGAUGUCUUAUAAGCAGAGGCGCUGUGAGCUCCAGCUGAUAUUUGAACAUCCCGCAUUUGAGACAAUGCUGCAGAACGCCAUGACCAAUGUGGGGUCCGAACCAAAUGAAAACCUUGCUUACUCCCUGCUGGCGAUGGUAAAACUGGGUGUGCCCCAGCGUAGCCGUGUGGUCCGGAUGUAUCUCUGUGCAUGCCAGGAAAAGUUAAAUACAUUCGAUGAGAAAAGCUUAUCAAUUUUGGCCAAUGUUCUUAAAGAUAUGGAGAGCAGCCCCAACGUCAAUGCACUGAAAUGUGGCUUAAGGUUGAUAAUUGAGGCCCGUCUUCCCCAUAUAAAAAGUGUUUUGGCACUCCAGAAAAUGAUGGGGCUCUUUGGUGAAGGCACAUCGCUUCACCUCAAACAAAAGCUUGAGAAAAAAACCUUGUCAAUGAUGGACCAGUUCAGCAUCCCCAACACGCAGUGCAUGAUGUCCACUAUGGCCGAGAUCGACUUCUACUCCAAACCACUGCUGCAAAUCUGCUGUAAGAAAAUCACAGAAAACCUCAUUGGAGUCCCAUUUCAGAGACUGAUAGAAGUGAUGCGGUCGUUAAAACAGUUGCGCUACAGAGACGUUGCCCUGCUUACAGGCAUCUCGGACUACAUCGCCUCCACGAUAGACAUAUGCUCCCAAAAAAAGGUCAUCCUCUUCCUGUCCAACUUUGAGACCCUGGGCUUUUGUCCCACAACCUUGAUGGCAGCAUUUGCUGAGAAAGUCAUCAUCAACCCAGACUCACUAAAGCUUGUAGACCUUUUGUGUGUCCUCAAGGUGUACUCGUCUCUUAACUAUGACCUGCAACAAAACCGAGAGCUGUUUCUGCAAAGUAUUAGCCAGGCUCUGGAAUUCUACCUGCCCCAGAUGUCUGCCUUUGACUUGUUAAAGACGUGUUAUUAUUUCUGCCUUCUUGGCCACUUCCCACCUGCACUACUGGAGAAGCUCCUGCAGGACAGCACACUGGAGGGCCUCAAAAGCCAAGGGAAUGAGCUGAGGAGACAGAAAAAUAUGUUUCAGAUGGUGCACAUGUGUCUCCAUUUGGACCAGCCGGUCCUCCCUCAGCCACUAAGUGUGCCACCAUCUAUGUUGGGAGAUGUGACACUCAGCGAUCCACCACCCAAGCACCAACUCUUGCAGCUCCUGCAGCAGGUGUUGUGUGACCAAGCAGAUGCAGCGGUACAAGAAAAGGUGGUGGUGGAAAACUUCUACUUUGUAGAUGCUGUGAUAACCAGACCUGUGGCAAACCAAAGCGAGGAAACGUCCUCACAAACCGAAAGAAUUGCAGUGCUUUGCCCACCUUUCUCUGCGUUCUGUUUCACAACGUCGACACCCCGCGGCCCGCUGGCUGUUAAACUUCGCCAUCUGAAGGUUUUAGGGUAUAUUCCUAUCAUGAUAACAGAAGAGUUGAGCUCAGUGGAGGCAGGAGAACUUUUGAAGGAACAGAUGUUUCCGAAAAUGCCAGCCCUGAACUCCACAACCAGCAGCUGAUCAUAUAUACCGUCUUCACAAAGAAGUUCUGUCCCUAUGACCUGUAAGUAUCACAUCUGUGAUCCUCAAUCAGGUGGUAAUAGUUGAUUUAUCCCAUCAGAGCAAUAGCAUGAUGUAUUAAAAGCAUUCUAUGGUUAAAAAGCUGUAAAUUAAACUUUCAUGUGGCCAACUCAUUUCUGUUUUGUUUGCACCAUAGCUUUUUUUAAUGUUGUAUUUUAGAACAAGUUGGAGUGCCCCGAGCCAAUAUCUGUCCUAUAUUAUUAAAAAGUAUAUAUCAGAUUAACAUUCAUCUAAAA